AUGGCUCUCUCAUGGCCAUGGCAUUUUGUCUCGCUCUCUGAAUCAGAAAAGCAGCACCGUCACGAGCUCCUCACCCUUCGUGGAUAUUACGCCCAGCUAUCAAUUCUCCUGGCCAUUAUUUUACUUCGGGCAUAUACCGCGUUUCCCGCCAUUGACCAGCCGACAAGAGGCCGUCGGCAAAGGUCAUGGUUGGAUUCGCCCUUGUUCGCGGGAUGGUUUGAGACCCGAAGACAGUAUCUCCUCUGCCUUGGCUGGCUCAUUUGGUUGCUCUUCCUCUCUGUGUGGAGCACAGGUGACGACUACUUACACUUCACAAAGGCGCUGGGUCAUGUUGGCCUCUCGCAAUUGCCAUUACAAGUGGCCAUGUCGCCCGCCUUCUACAUCACUUCGACGCCGAGAGCAUCUUCCUUGAUAUCAGUAUUGGCCACCAUCCCGCAGCCAACAGUGACUGCUUAUCAUCGCCUUUUUGCUCGCGUAGUGAUCGCACCAUUGCUCGUUGGGCAUGCAUUCUUCUAUUGCCUGUUUUUUCUGCAGUCGAGUCAUCCUGAUUUUGGCUCUUUAUUCUCAAAGCGCCUGCGUGACACUGACGUGCAGUGGGGUAUCAGCGCAGUCAGCAUGGCCAUCGCCAUUAUGGUCUUUGCGCGACCGAUAGGAGCGACCGGCGGGAUAUGGAAGGGCUCGAUCAAAAAUAGGAGAAGGGCCUUCUAUAUAGCGCAUGUUCUCUUAGUAGGGUUGUUGUGUCUUGCGGCAUAUGUCCAUGUUGCGCAGGCGCAGGCGUUUGUCCUCGAGUCUCUUGGGAUUUUUCUUGUGAACCUAGUGUGCUGCUACAAGACGGUACAGUGA